AUGGAAGGACAGAAGCACGGCGUCAAUAUGGCGGAGGAUGGCGUCGCAAAGUCUCAUCCUCUUAUGUACAGACACUCCGACCCUGCACUUAUGGACGCAGAGACCAAGAGCAAGUAUAUCUCGCGGUUUCAGCCACGGCUCAGCAAAUAUGUCACAGUUUCUCACGACGCCUGCAUAGAGUGCCACAUUGACCUGUUUGGGACGGGCGGGAUCGGAAAAGUGGUUGGUGGGAUGAAUGCGCAUACAGCAGACUUUACGGCACUCUGCGCUCCAGAGGCUUUACCCGAAAGAAUCGCAUUUUGUUCUUACUUUAUUGAGUACGCGUUUGUGCAUGAUGACGUGUCCGUGGACGCUGUUCACGAUGGCCCUAGCUGCCGCCUUUCCCAGGACAAGGAUGGAAUUCUAUUAAAAGCAGUAGGGUCAAAAAGGCUUGAAGACCUCGAGGAUAUCGCCGAAGGCGGAUUGAAGAGAAAGCAGGCCAGAGCAAAGAUCUGGUCGGUCUUGAACGAAAUCGACCAAGACUAUCUUGGUCGCUGCCAGAAGAAAUUCAAGCAGUGGUACGAGACUGGCCAACAGAUGAGGGACAAAACGUUUGCAAGUUUGGAGGAUUACUUGGCUGUCAGGGCCUUGGAUUGCGGAGCUAACUGGGUUGUCCGAAUGAUGGGCUGGGCCAGCGGGGUCGAACUCUCACCGGAAGAAGAGGUUGAAACCGGGCCAGUCACCUACCUGGCAUUUGUGGUUCUUGGUGUGACCAACGAUCUGUGGUCUUGGGAAAAAGAGAAAAGAGUAACGCGACAGUCGGGUGAUACUCUUCCUCUGAUCAACGCCGUCAAGAUGGUCAUGCAGGUGCAGGAUAUUGGCGAGGAGUCCGCAAAACAGACAGUCCGUGCCCUUAUCCGCGAGCAUGAGGAGCAAUACUGUCUCCUCCGCGAUGAGUAUCUACGGAGACCGAGUACCUCGCUUUCCGUGAAGAAAUGGUUCCAAGUCCUCGAGUUGUCCAUGGCAGGAAAUGCGCUGUGGAGCAUCCAUGCCCUUCGAUAUCACCCUGACUAUGGAAUCUAUUCAAUAUGGUUUGAAUCAGACGCUGAUUCACUGCGUGCAGGCGAAGAUGCAACAGGACCUGCAUACAAAGUCCUUGAAGCAUUGGACGAAACGGUUCUAUGGAAACCAUACGAGUAUAUCACCUCUAUGUCAUCCAAGGGUUUCCGGCAUCACCUGAUCGAUGCUCUGCAGACUUGGUUCAAUGUGCCAGAGCGCUCGGUGGCGCUGAUUUCGGGGCUGGAUGAUAUACAGGAUGGCAGCCUUCUUCGACGUGGGAAGCCAGCCGUUCAUGAAAUAUUUGGAGUCGGCCAAACCAUCAACUCUGCAUGCUUCCAGAUCAAUAAUUCCCUGCGCCUUGUCCAACAGCUCUCGCCCUCUGCCGUUGUGAUAUUCUCCGGUCAGUCUUUCUCCUGGGACCUCGAUAUGCGCCGCUUCAUGAACCAGCUGGGACGGUACUUCCAAAUCCGGGAUGACUAUCAGAACCUCGUAUCCCAAGAGUAUACGUCCCAACGAGGCUUCUGCCAGGACUUCGACGAAGGGAAGCCUUCGUUCCCGUUUAUCCGCGCUUGUCAUACUUUGGAGGAUAGCACGGUGCUCAUGGAAUGGCUUAACAUGCUGCGCAGCGGAGGCGGGGCUUCGAUAGAGGCGAAGCGAUACAUCCUCACUCGGGUGGAAGAAAGCGGGAGUCUGGAGUAUACGCGGGGUGUCCUCGCCCUCCUCCUUCAAGAUUUAGAAGGUACACUACGGGACAUGGAAGUCAUGACAGGGCAGGAAAACUGGAUUCUGCGAUCUAUGCUGGUGCAACUGCAGAUCAAACAGGAAAAGCCAGUGCGGAAGGAGAGUACGUUUGAUGAAGUGCUGCGUGUUUGGGGUGGAUAUAGGGAGAUGGCGUGGAGGUCGAUGAAUUGA